AUGCAACUGUUUACGCCGGCAAUCCUCUGUGCCGCCAUCGUCGGCGUGGUAGCCUUCCACUUGGUUAAAUUAUACAGAGAAAUUAACCAUCCACGUAAGAUACCCGGUCCGACCUUACUACCAUAUAUCGGUCGUAUACAUGACCUUCCGAUCCAGUAUAUGUGGUUGAAGUUCAAGGAAUGGGCCGAUCUGUAUAGCGGCACGGAUGGCUACUACUUCACGGAGAUGCUCGGGGCAAAAUUCUUAAUUGUCACGAAAGAGAAGGUGGCCGAAGAGCUCUUGGUGAAGCGUGCGAAAUACAACUCGGACAGACCAAUGGUAAGAUCUCUAUUCGACUCGAAGAGUACGCAUGGAUCGAUGGAAUAUCUCCCCCUAAUGGGAAAGAACCAGUACUGGUCUCGGCAACGUAAAUUCACCCAUUCCUACCUGACAGAAGCGAGCAACGCUCACUACUACGGUGUUAUGUACCAUGAGGCUAAACGCUGGCUCGCUCGGCUGAUCGAGGACCCUGACAACUUCGAAUUCUCCUUGGAGGAUAUGUCAUCUAAGGUUAUGUGCCAGCUAGCUUGGGAUGAUACGGAUCUCAGCGAAGCCUGCACAAAGAGCGCAUGGGGCCUUCUAACACAGAUGUCGCCAGCCGGGCCCAUCACUAAUGUCAUAACCCCUCUCUGGCAUCUACCCAAGAUGAUAAACCCCUGGAAAAUUGCCGAACGCAAGCGACACGACGAACAACAGGCGUGGUGGAUGGAACGCCUGACAAACACGCGCAACGCACUGGAACAGGGACGGCAGAGGGCCUGCUUCACCAGCCAAUAUCUCGAAAGAGGAGAAAAGCGCUCAAAUAUCUCUGGUGACUAUGAAGCUUCUUGCGUCAUAGGGAUGAUGGCUCUCGUCGGCAUCUUCACUGUAGUUGGCCCCUUGUCGUACUUCUUAGUAUCAAUGAUACAUCAUCCAAAGUGGCAAGCGGCAGUGCAGAAGGAAAUUGACGAAGCCUGCGAGGGACGGGUACCAACUCUGGACGACGCGCCUAAGCUUCCAGUCCUCCGAGCUUGCAUCAAGGAAACGAUGCGAUGGAAGCCAAACGUACCUACAGGCGUCGCGCAUGAGAUGGAGGCCGAUGAUGAAUUUCGCGGUCACUUUCUCCCUAAAGGAACAAGGAUACUUCCAUUAGACUGGGCAUUCCUUCGAGACCCAGAAAAAUAUCCUGACCCGGAUAACUUCCGACCCGAGCGUUGGUUGGAACCGGGAUGGCCGACGUAUCAGGAACCGCUUAGCAUGUAUCCUACCAUUAAAGGGAUGACGUCAUUCGGUUGGGGGCAGCGUCAGUGUCUAGGACAAUCGCUCACGCAAGACGAACUGAUCGUGGCUUGCGGCGCGCUCAGUUGGUGUUUCAACCUUAAAGCGAAGAAGGAUCCGAUCACAGGCCAGGAGAUACCGGUUCCUCACGACAAAUCAAACUCUCUACUGAUUAUCAAGCCCAAUUCCUUCCAGAUGGCUUUCGAACCUAGGAGCGAAGCCCGAAAGGAAGAGGCGCUUAAGCUAUGGGCUGAGUCUGACGCGAAAUAUCAGCAAGAAAAGGAAGAAUUCCUCAAAGCUGCCGAGAAGAAGAAUCAAACUAUAGAAGUUGUAUAA